AAUCAAAUCUUUUUUUUCUCAUAAAAUGUGAUAAUUAAUCAAUGAAAAUAUUGUCGACAAAUAAAACUAAAAAAAAGCUCAUACCAAUAAAUGGCCGAAGACGGUGAAAUUCUCCGUUAUCUUUGGGAUUCGACAUUGCCCGUCGCAUUUCAUUUAUCCGACCAGGAUCGACAUUCUAUCAAAAUUCCUGAACCAUAUUACUCGUUAGUACCUCGUCUUUCUUAUUUUUCACUGAUUAUCGACAAAAUAGCUGUCUAUUUUUCUCAAUUUAUUGAUAUUAAUAAUAAAACCUCAGCUAAUUUAUGGCUAGAAUAUCUGGAUAUUCCAUUGAAAUUUAAUUAUCCCAUUGGUCUCUUAUAUGAUCUGUAUGAGCCUGAUAUUCAACUGCCAUGGAAUAUAACUGUAAAUUUUGAUCGUUUUCCCGAAGACACAAUAGUUCGUUGCAAUAAUCGUUCAUCAAUGGAAUCGGCAUUUCUUUCCAGCCUAAAAGAAGCCGAUGCACUCAAACGACGUGAACCGAUCGUUUCGACAAUGCCAAAGAAAGAUCAUAAUCAACUUUGGAUGGCCGUCGUAAAUCAUAAAUUUGAUCAAUUCUGGUCAAUUAAUCGUCGAUUAAUGGCACCUACAACCAAUCAGCAAACAUUUCGUUAUAUUCCAUUUCGUUUCUAUAUACGUUCACCAACAUUUAGUGAUCAACCAUUGCUUGUGCAGAAAUUGAUUAAACCAAUACUUGAUUCUGGUGAUCAAGCCACAUAUCGUGAUCUAAUCAUACAAGUACUCGGUGAUGAAUAUUUAAAUAAUGAUAAAUAUAAUCUAAUUGUACAUGGUAUUCAACCAGAAAUGGACACACCAUUACAAUGGAUGAGUGAACAUUUAAGUUAUUUGGAUAAUUUUCUACACAUUGUCAUACAUGAUAAAUCCAAUGUAUAGAAAUAAUCUUUAUCGAAUGAAUUAACAGGAAAAUAAACACAGACAACCAUUUGA